UUUUUUGGGGGGGAGGACCCCCAGACCCCCCUCGGGGCUAAGCCCCGGAUGUACACAAAGUCUGGCUUCGCCUCUGGUGUGAAUCGUUGUGCGUGAGUAAAACAGGUUUUGUGUGUGUGUGAAUCGUUGUGCGUGAGUAAAACUCGUUGUGUGUGUGUGUGUGUGUGUGUGUGUGUGUGUGUGUGUGUGUGUGUGUGUGUGUGUGUGUGUGUGUGUGUGUGUGUGUGUGUGUGUGGUUUGGCAUGAAUCUAACUGCAUAUACCUGGCUGCCUGCCACCCGUGACAGUUGAUGUUACGCCCUGGUGUGUAUGUUGAUCAGAGACGAGAGUUACGACGAUCUCAAUCAAAAUAUUUCUGAAGUUCAAGAAGAAACCUGUAACUGCCGGACAAUGUUAUGGUAGCCAACAUUUAGGGUGUGGCCCAUAUAUUUAGAAAGAAAGCAUGUUAAAGUACGACACCUUAUUGAGCCUUGACAGAUACACAAGUCUUGCAAUGACACACAGCCACAGAACUGCAGUCAAAUUUCAUUCGUUGGAUGGUUGAAGCUCAUACAAACGGGAUCACCAUGUUCUUAGCGUUCAUGUUAUCAAUAUGUUCAGUUUCUUUUACUUGUGGAGUUGCUAGCACUGCAUCACCAUUGUGUCCCAAGGAUGAAUACAGAGUGGGAAUUGAAUGUUGCCCUGCAUGUCCUGCUGGACAGCAAGUUUAUAAGGAUUGUGAAGAGAGAAUCAUGACAAAGUGCAAAGAUUGCUCCAAUGGUACUUUCCAAGAAGGCUUUAAUGUGAAGAAGGAAUGCUCUAACUGUACAAAGUGUGAUGCAGGUCUGAAGGGGAAGAAGUUGUGUUCAUCAAAAUCAGAUGCUGUGUGUGAGGUCCUGGAUGGAUUCUUCUGUAUUGACUCUAACGGAGGUGGAUGUAGGGCCGCUCAGAGUCACACGGUUUGCAGUCCUGGUUAUUACAUCGGUCAAACAGGAACAGCAGAUAAAGACACAGAGUGCCUUCCAUGUGCUAAUGGUACUUUCUCAAAUGGCACAUCGUCAUGCCAACCCCACACAAUAUGUGAAUCUAAGGAAUUGAAACUGAUGAAACCAGGAACUGAUUCAACUGAUUCUGAAUGUGGAGAACAUGGUCCAGAGAGAGGACAUGUGGCAGUAAUAAUACCAGGAGUCAUACUGCUAAUACUGGCUUUAAUAAUCAUAGCCAAUACUCAGAAGAAGAAAAUAGCAUUGCUUUAUAGAAGGCUUUCGAAGAAAAAGGGAAUAGCCGAAACACACUAUAAUCUUGGUAAGUUCUUAUUCCACAUGUUACACUUUGUUAAUGAGUAAAAGAUCAUUUAUUAAUAU